AUGGUGGCCACCAUGAAGAAGGAGGCUGCAGAAGAUGUCAAUGUUACAUUUGAAGAUCAACAAAAGAUAAACAAAUUUGCACAGAAUACAAGUAGAAUCACAGUGCUGAAGGAAGAAAUAGACAUAAAAAAGAAACAAGUGCAAAAUUUAGAAGAUUCUUUCAAGGACAUCAGGCUUGCAGAUGACAACUGUGAUGAUACCUUAUCAAAUUGUGAAGUUUUCAUUAGCCGUUCUCAAAAAGAAACACAAGAAAUAUUAGGAGAAGAAAAGAAAAAAUUUCAACGAGAAAUUGACACCUUAGAACCUGGAUUCCAGCGGAUGUUAGUAGAUCUGAAAGUUCAGUUAAUAUGCAAAAUUUGGAAGUUACAUAAACCUUGA